UCCACCCUCAUCCCGGGUUGUCUGUGUCCGCGGAGGAUGCGUUUCGGGGCGGAUACAAUCUGUCCCAGGCGUUGUUGCCUCUCUGCUGUUCCCAUUUCGGUGCGUCCCUUAACGGUCCGACAUCACGCUAAACUAACUGGAACUGCCACACGGUUUCAGCCCUCCAUCAGCUACAGAGCAGGAUCCACUCCUCCUUCUUGGCGGUGGGUCUUCCCACCUUCAAUCACAACCGCACCUUCUGCGCCCACCUGGGCCAGAAGCUGUCCCCCGAAGAUGAACUGGAGGAGCGCUACCUGCUGGACUCCAUCAGCUGGCCGGGGCCGCCGUCCCCUCGCUUGGCGUCGCUCAGCCUGCGCCAGACGAGCGACCCUGUCCACAGCCUGUUCACCAUCCUGCCCAAUAAGGGGAGGAGAGAGUGGCGCCUGGGGGACCAGCUGGAGGCCCUCGUCCAAAUCCACGACUUCCAGGGUCGUCCCAAGCGCUACGGCGGGGACUUCCUCUUAGCCAGGCUGCACUCUCCGGAGCUGAGAGCGGGUGUCGCAGGGACGGUGGUGGACCACGGGAACGGGAUCUACUCGGCGCUGUUCCCGCUGCUGUGGGCGGGGCCUGCGCGGGUGGAGGUGACGCUGGUGCACUCCAGCGAGGCUGUGGCUGUGCUGAAGCAGCUGCGUGAGGAGCGGCCCGAUAGGGUGUUCUUUAAGAGCCUGUUCCGCCUCGGCUUCUUGUCAGAGACCACCUUGUGCAACAUGUGUUUACCCUCCGACCAGCAGCCCCUGUGCAACUACACGGACCUGUACACUGGAGAGCCCUGGUACUGCUACAAGCCCAAGUUGCUGAGCUGUGACAACAGGAUUAAUCACGCCAAAGGAGGCUAUUUAAAACACCUCCUCACCAACAAGGAGGCGCUGCUCUUCCAGAGCGGCGUUAACAUCAAAGUGGAAAUCCACACCACAGGGACCGAUAGGAUCGAUGUGUUACCACAAGAAGGUAAAGUUGGGGAGGGCAGCACUUUGAAACCGGAACAUUUCCAGCUGGCACCGUCUGGGUAUUAUUAUGAGGACUCGUGGAGGCCGUUGGGCGGGGUGGUGAUGCGACACUUCAACGAGUCGUCUGCCAUCGCUCUGUGUUUGAGGAACAAAGUGAUUAACAUGUACGGAGACUCGACGGUCCGACAGUGGUUUGAGUACCUCACGGCUGCUGUUCCAGAACUGCGAGAGUUAAAUCUACACAGCCCUAAAAAUGUCGGCCCCUUCAUGGCAGUGGACAUUGCUCACAACAUCGUCUUAAAGUACCGCUGCCACGGUCCUCCCAUCCGCUUCUCCACCGUCUUGUCCAGCGAGCUACGGUACGUCUCCAACGAGCUGGACGGCCUCUCUGGGGGUCCCAACACGGUGGUGGUCCUCAGCGUCUGGGCUCACUUCAGCACCUUUCCCGUGGAGGUGUACAUCCGCCGGCUUCGCCACAUCCGCCGAUCGGUGGUGCGGCUCCUGGGCCGAGCGCCAGGCACGCUCGUGGUGAUCCGGUCGGCCAACCUCCAGGCUCUGGACCAGGAGGUGAGCUUGUACAACAGCGACUGGUUCUCCCUGCAGCUGGACGCCGUGCUGAAGGCCAUGUUCAAGGGGCUGAACGUUCUGAUGGUGGACGCCUGGGAAAUGAGCUCGGCUCACCACCUCCCCCACGCCCUCCACCCACCUCCGCCCAUCGUCAGGAACAUGAUCGACUUGGUUUUGUCUUACGUUUGCCCAGAGAAGAGAAAUAAUUGGAAAUGAAAGCAGUGACUGCUGAUGAGAGGACGUGCUGUUCAAACGUGGUCGUCCGUUCAGAUUUACAGCUCCGCACCACGGUUCCCAAAGCUGCGUCCCCUUUAAACACCGUCCUUCCUGCCACACAUUCAGUGGGUUCUGUUUACUUUAGUUCCAGUUUUGUUUCAUUCUGGGAAUGCCAAAGAUUUUGGUGCAGCGAUAAGUUGUUGCUCGUGUUUUGUUGGUGCCAUAGUGUUUGUCUGCAUCCAGAUGCUUCAUGUCUCUGUGCUGAUCACAGAGGUGGGUUGUUUUGGUUUGUCCCUCCACCAACGUCCUUUUUAUAAAUAUCAAUUCUUUGGAUGGUUUUGGGGGAAACCAUAAACCAAGGGUGUCCAGUAGGGUGGUCCUCGACAGCAGUGGUUCCAAAACUUUUUAUCUUCUGACCCACAAAAUAUGCAUUGCAAAAACUUGUGACCCCAAAUAUUACUGG